AUGACCAUGGCCACAGUCAACGACGGCCUCAUCGCCAGAGUGACCGACUACGUCCGGGACUACAUGUCCCACUACGACGGCUCCCACGACUUCCACCACAUCGAGCGCGUCCUGCGCCUGGCCCUGCACAUCCAGGCCCGCACGCCGUCGACCUCGCGGCCCCUCGUCGCCCUGUGCGCCCUGCUGCACGACGUGGGCGACUCCAAGUACCUGCGCCCCGGCGAGGACGGGUCCCGCCUCGUCGCCGACGUGCUGCGGUCCCUCGGCGCCGACGCCCGCCUCGCUGACACGGUCCAGGCCAUCUGCCUGGGCGUCAGCUACUCGACCGAAGUGCGCGACCCGGCGGCGGCGGCGGCGCGGCUGGCGGCGCACCCGGAGCUGGCCGUGGUGCAGGACGCGGACCGGCUCGACGCCAUUGGCGCCGUCGGCAUCGCCCGCACCUUUGCCUUUGGCGGCGCAAAAGGCCGCGCCUUGGGCCAGACUAUGGACCACUUUGACGACAAGCUGGUGCGCCUCGAGGCCAUGAUGAAGACGGAAACGGGGCGCGCGCUGGCGAGGCAGAGGACGGAGCGCCUCAAGCUGAUGCAGGCCUGGUGGCGGGAGGAGACGGAGGGCCACGGCCUGGACGACGCGGGCGUGGUGCCGUGA